AAUUUUGAUCGGUGUGAGUACCUGAAUAUCUCCAAUUUGAAUUAAAUAAGAUGUGAAAUCACAAGAAUUCUUUGUAGAGAUGGCUGGGAGUAUUCACGAAGGCCCCGAGUUUGGGGUUGGGGACUUUGUUUUACUGCAUGAUUUAACGCUUGAUGCGUUUAUGGAAAAUUUAAAACUGCGAUAUAGUAAGAAUAAAAUCUACACGUAUAUUGGAGAAGUGGUAGUGUCGGUGAAUCCGUACAAGACGGUGGACAUAUAUAACCCCACAUAUGUCGACGAAUACAAAGGGAGGGAAAUCUAUGAGAGGCCGCCCCACAUUUUUGCCUUGGCAGACUCUGCGUACAAAACCAUGAAAAGACAGAGUCGAGACACAUGUAUAGUCAUAUCAGGUGAAUCUGGAGCAGGAAAGACAGAAGCCUCUAAAAUCAUUAUGAGGUACAUUGCUGCAGUAACCAAUGUGGGUGGGCAAAAGGAAGUCGAAAGGGUUAAAGAUGUCCUGGUCAAGUCCAACGUUAUCUUGGAGGCUUUUGGGAAUGCUAAGACAAACAGGAACGAUAACUCUAGUCGGUUUGGAAAAUAUAUGGAUAUCAACUUUGACUUUAAAGGGGAUCCCAUAGGGGGGCACAUCAAUAACUACUUAUUAGAGAAGUCACGCGUAGUCCAUCAACAGGCCGGAGAGAGAAAUUUUCACUCAUUUUACCAGCUACUGUACGGAGCUAAGGACGAGAAGUUAAAGGAGUACAAAUUAGCACGGGAACCUCAGAAAUACUUCUAUGUCAACCAGGGAGGGGAUCCGAAGUGUGCGACGGUACAUGACAGGGACGACUAUAGGGCUGUAAUGAAUGCCCUGAAGAUCAUGGGGUUCUCUUAUGCUCACGCUGAGGCACUGUGGAAAAUUGUGGCUGCCAUUCUGCAUCUGGGAAAUCUAGAUUAUGUCUCAGUUGAUGACCAUGAUCAUGCAGGUGUGUCUGAUGAAACAUUGCUUGGCAACAUAGCUGGGUUGUUAUCAGUUACCAAGGAAAAUCUGAGGAAAGCCCUCUGUUUCCGGGUCAUUGCAGCUGGGGGUCAGGUGGUGGAGAAACAGCUGUCCACGUCUGAUGCCGUUUAUGCUAGAGAUGCUUUUGCCAAGGCUAUGUAUGACAGAAUGUUUACAUGGAUCGUCAGUAAAAUUAAUGAGGCCAUCGAUCCAAAGGCCAGUGGAAUUUCUUAUGUGGGAAAAAAUACAGUCAUAGGAGUCCUAGACAUCUACGGAUUUGAAAUUUUUGACAACAACAGUUUUGAACAGCUAUGUAUCAACUACUGCAAUGAAAAACUGCAGCAGCUAUUUAUAGAACUAGUCCUUAAACAGGAGCAAGAGGAAUAUCAGAGAGAAGGGAUUCAAUGGCAGCAUAUAGAGUACUUCAACAACAAAAUUAUUGUGGACCUGAUAGAGGCCCCUCAUAAGGGGAUACUGGCCAUACUUGACGAAGCGUGUCUCAGUGUAGGGAAGGUCACAGACGAGAUGUUUUUAACUGCCAUGGCUCAGAAACUGGCGAAACAUGACCACUUCACCUGUAGAUCUCUGAACCCUGCAGACAAAACACUGGAACAUGCUCGUGACUUCAGAAUAAAACAUUAUGCAGGUCAGGUGACCUAUCAAGUUCCUGGAUUCAUUGAUAAAAACAGAGACAGUCUUUUCCAGGAUUUUAAAAGACUUCUAUAUAACAGUGAGGAGGAUAUCUUUAAGCUGAUGUGGCCUGAGGGAGCACAGAAUAUAACCGAGACCACAAAGAGACCAAUCACAGCUGGUACCAACUUCAAGAACUCGAUAAUAGCCCUGGUAGACAACCUAGCCACCAAGGAGCCACACUAUGUGCGUUGCAUCAAACCCAAUGAAAUCAAAUCAGCAAGUGCGUUUAACGACGAGCGGGUCCGCCAUCAAGUGAUGUACCUGGGUCUGAUGGAAAAUGUUCGAGUCAGACGAGCAGGCUUUGCCUUCCGAAUCACUUAUGUCAGAUUUCUUCAGAGGUAUAAGUGCACCACACCAUACACCUGGCCCACCUUUGCAGGUAAUGAUAUUGAUGGGUGUAAGAAGAUUUUGAAGUCUCUGGGUCUCGAGGAUGAUGUCAAAUAUGGGAAAUCCAAAAUCUUCAUCCGGUCCCCCCAAACUCUGUUUUCCAUCGAGGAAACUCGCUCCCAGAAAAUCCCCACCAUUGUGGUCUUCCUACAGAAGAUGUGGAGGGGAGGCAAUGCCAGGAGAAAAGCAAAGAAGAUGAGGGCGAUAUACCUUAUCAUGGACCGCUUCAAGAAGUACAAAAUGAGGCAAUAUAUGAAGAAUCUUGUAGAAAAAUUCAAGAAUGUGAAGAGGAUGAAGGAUUAUGGGAAAAGUGUGGAGUGGCAAAGCCCACCUGCUAAACUACAGAGACUGGUGGAUCUGUUAAAAAGGGUACAUGGAAGGUGGAGAGCCAACAUGAUUUUGAAGGACAUUCCCAAACCUGAAUGGCCAAUGUUAAGAAUAAAGGUUUGUGCUGCAUAUGCCUUGGGAGGUCGAAGGUCAGAUUGGGGCUCCCGCAGGAAAUGGGAUGGAAACUACUUAGCAAUGUCAAAAGACAAUAGUAACACAGCGGACUUUGUCACCAAGAUGAACCAUUUGAAGUCUCAUGACAAUUUCUCCAAGAUCUUGUUUUCCUGUCAUGUUAAAAAGUUUAACAAAAACAACAAGCCUGCUGACCGAGCGAUUGUCAUCACAGAUAAAUUCAUCUACAAGUUGGAUCCUAAGAAGAAAUAUAAACCACUAAAGAAAGGAAUCAAUAUUAAUACGGUAACCGGUCUGUCAGUGACCCCUGGAUCUGACCAGCUGGUCAUCAUUCAUCUCCCUGAUGAAAAUGACCUUGUCCUCUGUCUUCUGAACCUAACCAAGGAGGAGAGGGUGGGGGAAAUUGUGGGCAUAAUGUGUAGUCAGCUGCAAAGGGUUGGUAAGGAAUUAAAAGUGACAGUCAGUAAACCGGUGCACUGCAUGCUGGGAAGUAAGCGACGGACAGUCAUGGUGCGGCCCACUGCCGUGAACGGUGGCGCCACAUUCAAGAAAGAGGGGGCAGACAUUGCACUAAUGUGGCCAGAAUCAUAGGAAGACAAUCAGCAUUUACUAAAUUUAAAAGAAAACCUGUUUUGAACAAGUGGAAAAAAAUGAGUUUAUGUCAAGGUCAAAAUGUAGAUUAUUGAAAAAAAUAAUUUUAAGGAAUUGAUUUGUUAAAAGAAAAAAGUUUUUUUUUAAUAGUUUUUAAUACAAGAAACACAAGCUAAUACAUACAUAUACCUUUGUUGUGCAAACAUUUAAUGUCUGAAUUUAUUAAGAACUGCUUUAUAUCUGGUAUUUAGUUUAGAAUAUACCAUUUAGGUGCUGAGAAUAUAUGUAUCGGUAGCUUAAUGAUCUCAGAGCUAAAAUAAUUAUGUAAUCCUAGAAACUGGAUUAUAAUUAUAGAUGUUUUAGAAAAAUGGAUUUUUUUUGUAUUCCAGAAAUAUUAACCAUAAUUCCAUGUUAGAUGUAAUGCUGAUAAUGAAAUUUAUUGUGCAAUGUGUUUUUGUAGUUUGUACAUGUAUACUUCAUUAGCUGUAUGGUUAUUCAUGCGUUUCUAAGUGACAGAUCAGAUUUUCCACCAUUUAAUUAUCGAUUAACACACUGAACAAUUACACUCAAUCAGAUUGAAAAUUGAAAAAAAAAAUGCAUAUUAACAAGUACAUGCUGUAUACAAGAUGGAGGCUACCAUUUAAAUGUCUCGCAUUCAUGCAUGGCUUUGUCAUUUUGAAAAUCUGAAUUAUCCUGCACUCGCAUGCCAGUAUUUCAGUAUCAGAACUUGUGUUUCAAGUGCAUUAAGAGUAUGGGCUUUUGUUUUAUUUUGAACAAAAUUAAUAUAAUAUAAUUUUUUCAAUGGUGUAUGUGACUAAAAAUUGGUACCUAUGUAUGUGCUGAUUUACUUUCAUUCAUGUAUGUUUGUAAUUUUACUUUAAGUUUUAAAUCAGGUAACAGAAAUCCAUAAAUUAUGUAAUAUGUAACACAUAUUUGGAUAAUAAUCAUUAAUUUACUCAUUUUAAACCCCCGAUUUUCAUAAUAUUUGUAUUAUUUUAAAAGUCUGUAGAUACACCUUAUUAUCUUUGUGGGUUGAGUCUUCAUAUAGUCCUUAAUUAGGUUUCAUAUAUUAAUAAGCACCUUAUAAAUUUUAAUUGCACUGGGUUUAAAAGCUGGUGCUAAACAUCACAGUAAGCAUACCAUUUAUUCCAUAAAUAUUGUAUAAUUAUGUAUAUUUUAUGUAUCAUGCUUACUAGAUGGAGGCUAUGAUGAGCCCCAUAUAAAUUCCUCAUACAUUGUAUACAUGUAUUGUACAGCUGCUCUGAUUUGUGGCUUUACAUUUGUUAUUGCUUGUUGAUGUAUAUUAAGAUUUAUAUAUUCUAUUAUACAAUUAUAUGUCUAUAUAUAUAUAUAUAUUUACACUCCUUGAUCAGCUGAUGCGGAAUAUUUUGAUGCAUUUGUUUUGUUACUUUGUUGUCUCGUUGAACAAGCUAUCUUUUUGGGAGAGAAUAUUAAUUAUAUGCUUUGCAUUUCCAUCAUCUUCUGUGAUUAUAUGCCAUAUUAGAAAGAUCUGCUAUAAGUCUUUCUUUUUUUUCCGCAGAAGCAAAACCCUUAGUACAUGCAGUUCAUUUGAGUUUGAAAAACAUUUUUUCAUUUUUAGUUCACAUUUAGAGAAGAUUAGGCUACAUCACAUUUGUAAUAUAGGCUGAAUAACAUUUUUAGAUACAUUUUUUUUCUCUUAGAUAACAUUCUGUAAUAAGUUAGAUUUUAUGAGCAAAAAAAGGUAGUUAUGUAUUCAUUGUAUUUGGAAAUUCUUUUCAAUCCUACUAUCCUUACUAAAAUGCCAGCAGAGUGAAUGGAGAUUGUCUAAGAAUUAUGCAUCCACUUGUGUUGCACAUUCCACAGUAUAUUGAUAUGCCUUUGAAGCAGUAGCAUUGCUAAAAAUAAUAUUACCAAAAACUGGGAAUAGACCACUGUUAAAUAUAAGAGAUCUUAUUGGUAGGAAUUCAGAUCAUUAUUUCUGGAAAAUACUGUUUGCUUCAACAACAUAUUUUAAGAAAUAUCCCUGUCUGCCUUAAGUUUUGAGAAUUUUUUAUUUUUUUCCCAAAAUAAUUGUACAGAGAUUUAGUUGAUUUGUAUAAAUCAAAAGAGAAGCAGAGAAUUUGUUUCUUAAAGAGAAGGAAUCAGUUAAAAGAAAUGCUGAAGAUUAUAAUUCUGCUUUCAAGAUUAAUCCACUGUGUUGUUUCCUGUUUUUGUCUGUUUCAAGAAAAUUAUUUAAAGGACACUGCAAAGAAUUCAUUUUUUUUUUUUUUUGUAACCAUUGCUGUAUGUGUAAGUAUGGUGUCGUACGUGUUUUGAGCUUUGGACAGUUUUAAUAUUGUUACAGUAGUGCUAGAUAUAGAUAUUUGUAAAUGUAGAGUAUUGUAUUGUUAAUUUUCAACCAUGAUGUUUUAUUUAUUUAAAAUAACACAGUUGGACUUUGGUAUCUUGAACACAAGAUAUCUCGAAUACCAUGGAUAUGACAAAGUGAUUUGGAGGUCCCAGCCACUUUUUCUUAAUGUAUUUUAACCUGGAUAUCUUGAUUCCUUGGAAAUCUUAAAGUUCUUUACUCUACAUGUAUAUCCUCGAGUUUGUAGAUAACGAUGUUUGACUGAAUAAGGAAUGGAAAAGGAAAGAAUAUACAAAGCAAAAUUUCAUUGUGCUCCAAUAGAGCUAUUUAUGAACAGUAAUUAGAAAGCAGUAAACUAGAAUGAGUAAAGAGUAGAAAAGUCUCCAGGAAUUUUUAUUUUUUUCCCCUAUAAUUAUGUUAAUGGACAAGAAAUGUUAAUGUUUUUUUUCCUUGCAGAACAUGUCAUUCAUAGAUAAAUACUUACUGAAAAGAAAUUAUUUGAAUAAUACACAUUUGUACCUAACUUUUUUCAAUCAAGGUCCCUUGAAAUAGCAAAUUAUAUUUAAAAAAAAAAACAUUAUGUUUUCAGUAUUCUUGGAUGGAAAAUAUUCUGUUUUGUAAAUGGUUUAACUGGUUCAAAAAAUGUACUUGCAUAUUAGAAGUAUUUGAUUAUAUUUCGAAGAAUAAUUAUAUUGAUAUCACAUAUCACAUAUUAUGUGCCUUUUUCUUUGUAAUUAUACAUUAUCUUUUGCUAUAUAUCUAUAUAUCAUAUAUAAAGAUUGGGCUGUUCUGCUUGUAAUUUUUAUCAAUUAUUUAUUAUUAUCAAUUAUCUCUUGGACAGGUUUUAAUUGGUAAUUGUACAUUAUAUAACAUGAAAAUAAAAUAUCAGAGUUCC